AUGCCAGAACAGAUAGAAGUUGUAGAAGUUGCGCCACUCCCCGAAGCAGCCAACAAAUACCCAAACCCACUAGGCAAUUUCUCACGCGGUCUUGGUUACCCAGACUGGCAUCCUAUAGAUACAAGAAAGGAAGUGACACAGAUAUUCCGUUUUGGAUUUUACUCCACUGUGGGUGCAUAUGCGUUCUUGUACAUUUGGAAAAGAGCCACUUUUAAGAUUGAGAUUCCGCUUUCGGCGGUUGCAUUCUUCACCAUUGCCAAAGGUGUACAAAGCUCUGUAGCCAAUUUGAGAGAAAAGAAUGAUUGUUGGGACACUUUUUGGGGUCUUACUGCAGCGAAUACCAUUGUGUUGACCACCGCUUUCAGAUCAAUGCCACCAAAACACAAGAUCUUAACCGCUGCAUUUGGUACGUCGUUGGGUACUAUUGCAGACAGAGCAUAUUGGGCGCAAUCAACCAGUAGUGCCAAGGCCAAUGCCAAAUACGAAUUGGACCAAACAGACAAGGACUUGCCAAAGCAAGAGUUUUGGGAUAUUUGGCAAAGAAGACCAAUCACUCAAACAGUACAGGAUUUGGGUGUUGGACGUGGUAUCUUUAAACCAUAG